GCGAGCAGAGGAUGGCAGCCUCAGUAAUAUACAGAGAUUUAAUCAGCAGUUGCGCAUAAUGAGGACUACUACUAUGAUCAAGCGGAAGCUAAAACAUUACAUAGAAUUAAAAAUAGUAUAGAGCGCUUUGGCAGUGUGGGUCUUAACGCAGCAUGUCCGGAGAUAUUGUGGGAGCGUGGGACGUGUCGCUAAGUGAUGGGGUUUACCGAAUUGAGUUUGAACAUGGAACAACAACAGGGAAACGAGUCAUUUACAUUAAUGGAAAGGAGAUGUUGAGGAGGGAUUGGAUGUUCAAACUGGUGGGCAAAGAAACAUUCCCUGUUGGGAGCACAGAUACAAAGGCAACCAUAUCUAUUGAGGCGAUAACUGGGUUUUCCUAUGAGUACACACUGGAAAUCAAUGGGAAAAGUCUCCAAACUUUUUUGGACAACCGAUCAAAAAUGUCCAAAACAUGGGUGCUGAAACUGGAUGGUGCUGAUUACAGGAUAGUUCUAGAGAAAGACAGUAUGGAUGUAUGGUGCAAUGGACAGAAAAUGGAGACUAUGGGCGAGUUUACAGAAAAUGGAAGCGAGACACACUUUGCAGUGGAGAACCAUGAAUGCUGUAUCAAAGCAACAAGUAGUGGAAGGAAGCGAAAUGGAAUAGUUCAUUCCCUGCUGGUGGAUGGAAUCAGGAUAGAAGAGGCCAUUGAGUAAAAUGGAGGCUAAUGAAAUUCAGCUGUGUGAAACAUUUAGCAACAGUGUACUUUAUCAGAAUUAGAUACAGAUGGCAUCGGACAAGUUUUUUUCUUCAGUGGAUCCAGUAUGAUGGUAUUUGUUCAUUUAUUUGUUACAAAGAUUUUAAAGUAAAGUACCCCGAUAACUAAUUUAAUGAACGGCUUGGCUAUCAAAGGUUUUAUCAAAAGUUUUUUUUUUGUGUCUAUUUUUAAUAAGAGAUUCGUGGACACUUAAAUGUUUUACAUGUGUGACUUAAAAAAUAUUGUUUUUAUUCUGAAAGGGUAAAAUCAGAGCCUUGUGGUUAAAUGCCUGGAAAAGAGGUGCUUAGUGGCAUGUUAUUACUUACUGUUAUUAUUUUUUAUUUAAUUAUUGCUAUUAUUAAUGGGGUUAAAACAUGAGUUAUAUGUACACUUUAGACAUAUUCACUAAUCAUUCAAAUACUAGUAAUUGAGUGAAAUAAUUUUAGUUAGAAUUCAUAGUGUAUAGUGCUAUUAUAUUAAAUCUUAAAAUAUGGCCAAUUAAACAUGUAUUUCUUCAUAUGCCUAUAAUUAAUAGAUUAAUUUUACCUUUAUAUGAAUAUACAUUUUAAUUGGACUCUGCUAUGUCUGUCAUUGGUUAUUAAAUUAUUAAACUUAAUUUUCAAAACACAAUUUUAAAUAGAAUAGUUGAUUUAGAACACAUAUGUGACCCUGACAAAACCAGGGAAAAGUAGAACUGGUAUAUUUGUAGCAAUAACCAACAAUGCAUUGUAUGAGUUUUCUUUUAUGCCAAAAAUCAUUAGGAUAUUAAAGUGCAUAUUACGUUCCUUGAAGAUAUUUUGUAAAUUCCCUACCGUAAAUAUAUAAAAACUUAAAAUUUGAUUAGUAAUAUGCAUAUGCUAUUGCUAAACAUUACUUCAUUUAGAUAACUUUAAAGGUGUUUUUUGCAGUAUUUAGAUU